AUGUUUGAUGAAAGACAGCAUAUUUUAGACAAGGACAGUGACAAUAUUGUAAUAUUGGAUGGUUUUACUAAUUGCUUGAAGCUGCGGAAGGAAGGCUUAGAUGGUCAUGAGAAGAUCAAGAGUUAUAUGUGUGUCUAUCUACUCAUUUCAAGCAGUGAGGUGGUGGAUCUAUCUUGGCUUUGCAAUACUGGAAGCUGUGAUGCUUGCUAUGCUGUUCCAUAUUUGAUUUAUGCAGCCAGUCACAGGGCAAAACAUGUGACAGUGAUGACUUUAGUGCUGAUUUUUGGUGCAAUGACUAUGACAUGGAUCUGUGACAAGAUUUCAGAGUCUGGAUUUGUUAUUUCCCAGGGCAUGUCCCUUCAUUUUUCGUCUUUCUAA